CGUUGCAAGUAAAUCCUUUGUUCUGGACGCUUCCUUGAAGAUGUCGAUAGAUUAAUCUGUAAUGUUAUGGAUUUGCGCUCAUCCUGCUGGUAACCUUCGUCUUUUAACGGCAAUACGUUUGUUCGAUGAGCACAGACUUUUAGGUUUUGUUCAGAUCCGCGCGUUCACUGCGCCGCUUAGUUGUGAAUAUCACAUGACUUUUCCCUCCCCUGCUCCGGUCCAAUGAAUGGGGAAGAAGGAGUCGGACAUGUUUGAAGGAAAUAUGUUGAAUAAAGAAACGUGGCCGAAGACAAGAAGAGAAAGGGGAAUAUUUCGACUAUGAGGAUUUCAACGCCGUCCUAACUUUUUUUUGCCUUUUAUUCAGCCUCAAUAGAGGUAUAGACUGUUGAGCUUGUUUUCAGGUUUAUAAGGGACUUUUUUAGGGGACAUCACGAUUUUGCUUUUUAAUCAGUGAUUUGCUAAAUGAUGUAGUUAGUGAUUGUAUUUCUGUUUAGGGAAGUUACGCUACACUUCAUAACUUUAAUGAAUGACUAACGUGAGUUUCGUUUCAUUAGGUGACAUUGGCACAGUUGUCUAACCUUGAUAGCCAGCGUUAGGUUAGUGGGGGAUGGGUAGCGCUGGUUACUCAAGCGAAAGGUUUCUAAUCCAAUCUCAAUCCAUGUAUUAAGAAAACUCGUCUUUGAAUCCGUUUUUAAGCAGGUUGAUUGACCCGUGCUGGUUUAGUGUUGUUAAAGGGCCCUCAGUUGUAGCUAUGUAGCCUGGGGUUUUGGAUUAGGCCUAACGUUACUGAACAGGCAAAGUAAUCGUGUAGGUUCGUCGUCUCUACCUUUCCAAAAGGCUUCAGUCUUAAUGUUUUAUAAAUAUCUUAUGAAGUCAGAUUAUUUUCCUCGUUGGCCACGAAGACUGGGUGAAUCAUCUUGUCAAAAGACAGACUUCGUUUUUCUUCGAUUCGUCGUGUUUUAUGUGUAAUGUGUUUUUGUUACAUUUGACCUGCUCCGUUUUAGACGGGGAGCCGAGUCAGGCGCCGAAGCUGCUGCGUCAUUGUAGCUGCGGCGAGAGCGCAGGACUGCGGGCGCAAACAGUCGUUUGGUGACGUUUACGUGUUUCGUCGAGGUGGGACAGUGACAUGGUGCUUUCAGAUGUUUGCCGAUCUAGCCGAACGUGGGUCGUCGAGGUUUCGCGUCUGUCUUGGUGCGGAGAUCAAAAAUCCAAGCCGCUCAUUUUGGCCGCACUGUGCUGUUCUAAAAUGGCGACUUUGUCCAGGUGGAUCUGUUUGCCCGCGCAGCGCGGAGACCCCUGACAGCAUGUCGCCUUUGUCUGAUACGCGUGACUUGUUCAUCGAGCCAAUCGCGCAGCUCGAGCCCGCCCCGGAUGAUCGCGCAUGGGUUUUAGUAACCAGUCAGCGGCCUAUGUGCCGCACGUUGACGUAACCGAAAUGCAGCUCUUGUGUCGGCAGCCGCAGCAACGCGGUCCAGGUACCCGGUAACAUUCGAGUGAUGUCCUGGUUAUUUGAGGCACCGGGUCUUUUGAAGAAAGGCCGAGUAAAUUAGUCUGACUUCGUGACCGGAGGUGCGUGCCUCAACCUUUAGGUUUCGGUUUUGGGCGUGGUCUGCGUGAUUGACGGCCGACGUGGCGUAUAGGAAGCGCGAAGGCGUGCGCGGGGAGCGCUACAUUAGCCAAUGGCGAAGUCCGAUGGUUUAUAAAGAGUCGGGCGGAGGCGUUGCGUCGCCAUUUCACUGUAGCUGUGACUAGAAGAAUAAAGGAAGUCAGGAGUGAGGUCGGGAGGCUCGGGCGUUUGAAGAGAACCGGUCUCUAAACAGAAUCCGAAGCCAUCCUUAUGGAGACGGCCAUAAACCAGCUCUUUGACAGCUCUAUUGGUGGGGGGGGCAUGGGUGCCCAGGGAGUGACAAUGAUGGCGCAGCCCAUCGCUGGCCCUGGCAAGCGCAUCCGCAAGCCAUCGUUAUUUUACGAAGGUUUUGAGGGUCCUGUGCUCCCACAAGUUCCCCCCACUGGACCCCCUAAGCCCCCUACACAUGAUCCCAGCCGGCAGGGUAGGAUGACGAACCAGCUGCAAUUCCUUCAGAAAUCUGUCGUGAAGCCUCUCUGGAGGCACCACUUUGCCUGGCCCUUCCAUGAGCCUGUGGAUGCUGCAAAGCUUAACUUGCCUGACUAUCACAAGAUCAUCAAACAGCCAAUGGAUAUGGGCACCAUCAGGAAAAGACUCGAAAACAACUACUACCGCACUGCUUCUGAGUGUCUACAAGACUUCAAUACCAUGUUUACAAAUUGCUACAUAUAUAAUAAGCCAACCGAUGACAUAGUUUUGAUGGCUCAGUCACUGGAAAAGGCCUUCUUACAGAAGGUAGCACAGAUGCCUCAGGAGGAGGAGGAACUGGCCCCACCUACCCCACGAGUCAAACACGGGAAACCUGGCAAAGGCCGCAAAGCCAUAUUCUCAGGUGGGAUAACAACAGCUCAUCAGGUUCCUGCUGUGUCUUCAGUGUCUCAGUCUGCAUACUCUCCGCCCAUGCCAGACACUCCGGACUCACUCCUGUCCACCCCACCACAGACACUGCUGGCUAAGACUAUGCAUGCUACUGCCCACAGUGCUCCUACAAUGUUGGGCCUACCCCCUACCCAGCCCACUGCAAAGAAAAAGGGAGUCAAGCGCAAAGCUGACACCACAACGCCGACGACUAUGGCCUUUCCCCUUACCAUUGGUGUUGGGGGUAUGAGCCUUGGGAUGGGCAGUGGAGAUGACUCACCACUCACCCUUUCUGCCCUUGGUGUCGACCCCAGCCAUGGCAUAAGCCUUGGUGUGGGCCGUGGUGGAGGUCUGAUUGGAGGGAAAGUUGCAGCACGACGAGGAGGCAGUGGUCGGCCCAUCAAGCCACCCAGGAAAGACCUGCCAGAUUCACAGCAUCAACACCAGCAGGUGCGACGGGUGAAGCUUAGCCAGCAGCUGCGCUACUGCAACGGAAUUCUCAAAGAGCUACUGUCAAAGAAGCAUGCGGCAUAUGCCUGGCCUUUCUACAAGCCCGUAGAUGCAUCAUCACUGGGGCUACAUGACUACCAUGACAUUAUCAAGAAUCCAAUGGACCUCAGCACUAUAAAGGGUAAAAUGGACCGACGGGAGUACAGGGAAGCAUUACAGUUUGCAGCUGACAUCCGACUCAUGUUUUCCAACUGUUACAAGUACAAUCCUCCUGACCAUGACGUGGUGGCUAUGGCCAGAAAACUACAAGAUGUUUUUGAGUUCCGGUUUGCCAAAAUGCCUGAUGAGCCUCUGGAUUCCCUCCCACCUGCAUCUUUGAAUGAUGGAUUGGGCGGUCACUCCUCCUCCUCUUCAUCCUCUUCCUCCUCAUCGUCGGAGACUGAAAUGAGCAGUGAGAGCGAGAGUGAGAGUACCCCCAGUUCAGACAGUGAGGAGGAACGAGCACACCGUUUAGCACAGCUUCAAGAGCAGCUGAGGGCAGUACAUGAGCAGCUGGCUGCUCUCUCUUCAGACCCCAUCAUCAAGCCAAAGAAAAAAAAAGAAAAGAAAGACAAGAAAAAAAAGAAGAAGCCAGAGAAGCACAAGCGAAGCAGAGCAGUGGUGGACAAUGAGAUGGUCAUCCGGGCUCCCAAAGCACCAAAAAUUACAAAGGCAUCAAAAAGCAAAAGUAACAGCAAGGCAGCAGCAGCGUCUUCCACACAAAGCAAGAGGGCACCCAGCAAGAAGAGCAGCAAGAGCAAGUCCUCAAAGAAGGCUCAAGCAGCCUCCAUCAGCGCUCAUGCACUGGCCCUCCCUCCCCACUACGAUUCAGAGGAAGAGGAGGAGAGCAGCCCUAUGAGCUACGAUGAGAAGCGGCAACUUAGCCUGGAUAUCAACAAACUCCCCGGCGAGAAGCUUGGCCGUGUUGUGCAUAUCAUCCAGUCACGCGAGCCCUCGCUACGCGACACCAACCCUGAGGAAAUAGAAAUUGACUUUGAGACACUCAAACCAUCCACGUUGCGUGAGCUAGAGAGCUAUGUUAUGACCUGUUUACGCAAGAAGCCUCGGAAACCAUAUGUUGCAAAGAAAGGUGGUGUAGGCAAAUCCCGUGAGGAACUGGCUCUGGAGAAGAAGAGAGAGUUAGAAAGGAGGCUACAGGAUGUUAGCGGCCAGCUUAACUCAACCAAGAAGGCUCCUAAAACCAAAGUGGAGAAACCCAGUGUGGCAGAACCUCAUGCUAUGGCUUCUCGUCUCAGUGACAGCAGUUCCAGCUCUGACUCUUCUUCCUCCUCUUCAUCCUCAUCUUCGGACACUAGUGACUCAGACUCGGGUUGAACAUGCAAGUAAAGUGGGCAAAGACGCAUUCUCAUGUGCACGUUGUCUCAAAGUCAAAUGUGCCAUUGCUCUGUACCACGCUUGACAGAAGUGACUGUAAAGAUGAAAAAAUAGUUAAAAGUUUAAAGAAAGCAAGGUUUUUCUGUCUUAUAUGGUGUGUAUGCAGUGGAUGAAGAAUAGAGGCAAAAUAAUGCACAUGCUGCAUGGAGAGGGAAAUGACUAUUGGAACGAAGAACAGCAUGGUUCCUUCUCUGCUGUAACUUUUUUUGUCUGUCUGUAUUUACUGAUUAUUUGAGGGGGAGAGAGAGAGAGAGAGAGAGAGUGUGUGUGUAAAAUAUAUGUACGUAUGUAUCUAUAUGUAUUGCUGAUGUCGGAAAAAGACCUGGUGUCUCAAAUGAUAACUUCACAGGAAAAAGAAAAAAAACUACUUUUAUUUUUAAUGUAUGUCAGUGGAACCAGUUCUCUCACCUCCCCACCCCCAGUCAUUUUGGGUUCAUUUCUUUUGGUCCAUUCAUACUGAAAUUUACGUAUGCCAAGGGGAAAUGAUAAAAAUGGAGAUACAUGGUCGUCUUCCGAGAGCAGCGAUAUCCAUAUAAAUUUCUUUUAUAAAGAAGAACUUAAAGAAUCCCCUAGAUGGGAACAGAGAAUUGUCUUGAGCAGACUUAUUUUGUAAGCUGUUUUUAUAAAGAAAAGGUGUGGGAGCUGUUGUUAGCUUUGUUUUUAUGAUUGGGUGUGUGCAUAUGCUUUUGCUUCGAGUUAGAAAUUCCAGCCUACUUCUGACACACUCACACUUUUGCCCACAUAAAAAUGAUGGUGAUAUUUUGUAGCUUGAUGCCAUAGUUCUACAUUUGAAUAAACCCUUUCAUGCCACAAAAGUAUACCUUUUCAAUUAUCUUGUAAGUCUUAAAAGUUGGCAUAGCUGAAAGAUGGCAUUCUUCACCAUGGCCUUCUGUUUCCUGUAAAAUGCCAAGAGCACUGGAAUGUAGCCGCCAUUUUAAUCCUUUGGCUUGUACUGCCUGUUAUAAUUAAUUUCAAAGUUGAAAAGGUCUUCAUUUCUAGAAUGUAGUGCUCUGUUAUUUGCAUGACAUUUUAUAGGUAAAGAAGUUGCUUCAUAUGUCAUGAAGAUUAGUUGCCUACAUUAUUUUGAGCAUUCAGCAAAAUUUUUGAAGUUGUGCCCAUGUCUGUUUAUGUAUCUGAAGAUUUUCAAAUGCACGAUUACGGAGAUCCAGUUCUGUCAUUGAUUUUAUCCUUUUGUAGAUCCAGAAGGGUGCAUUAUAUAUCUUGUUGCUACAAAAAGUAAAAUGGGAUUUUGUACCUAUGUAAAUGUCACAUUUUGAGCAUGCAUACAACCUGGCUUACCUCUUUUACAUUUUUUUUCUUUUCUCCCCUCCAUCAAUUAUUGUGACCGUUAUCCCAGCUCAUUUUGAUUUGAUAUGUUGGGCGAAGAAAAAGCCCACACUAAACGAAGCUGCAAGCUACAUCACAAAGGGGUAACAUCACACACUUCCUUUGACAAAUUGCAUUAAUAAAAAGGAUGAGAUGCGCUGUGAGUAAUUUCAGUGUUCACUUUUCUGUGAUAUAGACAGUUUUUCUUAACAUUUUGGUUUAACUCUACAUCAUGAUAAAUAUACAUAGCUUAUAGAUUCAUUUUUAACACAUUUGGCUGGGAUGUAUGUUGUCACUAGGUGGCAGGAGUACUCUGCAAAUGGGUUUUACUAUGGAUAAAGGCACUGGACAAUAUAACUUAAGAACUGCAGCUACAGAAAUAAGGCAGCAGUCAGAGAAGCCAGUGACCUGUUGGGCAGGGCUUGGUCUAUGUUCCCAAAGGUCUACAACAGAAUGGGUUUUAGCUACUUGCUCAUGAAGGUCUUUACAAUUUGCAGGUGAUUUGAAUCAAAUGGAUUAAAACAAGAAAAACAAUAACAAAUGCCUUUGCGGUCCUGUGACCAUUUGAGUCAUUUGAGUGAGAAAUUGUAUAAAACAAUAAAAAGAACAAAAUGAAACUCCA